AUUUUCUCCCAAACCCUCUCACUCUAACCAAACACAAAACCAUGGGCAGUUUCUGUCUGCUCCAACAAAACCAGUUGCUUCUAAAAACUCUUUUCUCUGUUAUUAUAACCUUAGCCUUAACCCAUUCUCUUUCCCUGACAACCCAAUCCAUCACCAACUCCUGUGUAAUCCCAUCCUUAAACUCACUCUGCUAUUUCGCUUUUCUCUCUCUCAACAAAACCUUCAUUGAUGUUCUCAUGGUUGUGCACCCUUUUGGCACUGUUCAACCAUUCGAUUAAAGGGUAAGCGCCUUUCAUCCAAAGUUUGCUCCUUUUUGCUUAUUUUGAAAAUAUUGGUGUUUUUGUUGAUGGAACCCAAUGGGCUAGGUAGUGGAAUGUUCUCUGGGUUGGUAGGAGUGGAAAACCCUUUACAACAACAGCAGCAACAACAACAACAACAACAACAACAAAACCUUCACCAUUUGCAACACCACCACCCUCAAAUGGUUCCCUAUGCCACACACCAUGACACUGAAAACCCUCAUCAUCCACACCUUCACCAAUCAAUCAAACAAGGGUACCCUCCCUUUUCAUCCCAGACCAAACAACAACAAUCUCCUCUCAGUGAUGAUGAUGAGCCAGGGUUCCCUGCUGAUGAGGACCCCAAGAGAAAGGUCUCGCCAUGGCAGAGAAUGAAGUGGACUGACACCAUGGUGAGGCUCUUGAUAAUGGCGGUUUAUUACAUUGGUGAUGAGGCUGGCUCUGAAGGGACUGAUAAGAAGAAGUCAUCUGGUUUGAUGCAGAAGAAAGGGAAGUGGAAAUCGGUUUCAAGGGCUAUGAUGGAGAAGGGGUUCUAUGUUUCUCCUCAGCAGUGUGAGGACAAGUUCAAUGACUUGAACAAGAGGUACAAGAGGGUGAAUGACAUUCUUGGCAAAGGAACUUCCUGCAGGGUUGUGGAGAAUCAGAGUUUGUUGGAUUCAAUGGACUUGUCUCCAAAGAUGAAAGAGGAGGUUAAGAAGUUGCUCAAUUCCAAGCACUUGUUCUUCAGGGAAAUGUGUGCUUACCAUAACAGUUGUGGACAUGGGAAUAACAAUGCUCCACAGCAAGGAGAGUCUGGGGGUGAAGUGUCUCAGCCUCAGGCUCAACCUCAUCAUCAUCAGCAGCAGCAACAACAACCGCAACAACGAUGUUUUCAUUCAUCAGAGGUUGGGAAUUUGGGGGGUUCAGGUGUUGAGGGUUUGAGGAUGUUGAAAGUGGGAAAUGGGGAAGAGGGUGAUGAUGACUCCGAGGAUGAUGAUGUCUCAGAGGAAGAUUCGGACGAGGACGAAGAUGAUUCGGGAGAAGGUGGUUCAAGGGGUCAUGUGGGGCAUGGACAUGAAGAUAUUGAGGAUGAGAAUGAUGGAAGGUCAAUGAGAAAGAGGGCAAGGAAAGUAGGAGGGGUUUCUAUGUCACCACAGUUGAUGCAACAACUGAGUGCUGAGGUGAGUGGUGUGUUCCAAGAUGUAGGUAAGAGUGCUUGGGACAAGAAGCAAUGGAUGAGGAGCAGGAUAAUGCAGUUGGAGGAGCAGCAAAUAAGCUACCAUACUCAAGCUUUUGAGUUGGAAAAACAAAGAUUAAAAUGGGCAAGGUUUAGCAGCAAGAAGGAGAGGGAAAUGGAGACAGCCAAACUUGAAAAUGAACGCAGGAGGCUUGAGAAUGAGAGAAUGGUUUUGCUCAUUCGCCAGAAGGAAUUUGAAUUGAUGAGUCUUCAACACCAACAACAGCAGCAGCAUCAACAACAACAUUCUUCCACCUAGAUCUAGGGGAGAUGAUUUUUCUGCGGUUAAUUGUAUUGAUAGAUGAAACUAAGGUAUAGAAAAGAUGUAGAUCGAUUAGGCCUAAUAGAGGAAAGUGGUUGUUCUCUUUUUGGGGUACUUAUUAUAAGUUGGUUGUUAUUGAAGAAAAGAAAAAUAGUAAAUUUCUGUGUCUACCAUCUAGAUACCCUUUUGUUUAUUUAAACAUGCUUUGGUUAUUACUAUUAAUUUUGUUUUAAA